GACUUUAUUCAAUGGAGGAGACGAUGGAAUUCCCAGGCAGCGGUAAUUGGGGCAGUUCCUGGAAAUCGCAGACAGAUCAGCGCGGUCCCCUCAUCCUCAUCCUCCUCCUCUUCACUGCUCAUGCUCCCUGCAUCCCCCCUCCCCCCCCCUCACUUCCUCAGCUGGAGCAUCCUUUGCAACGUUGUGCGUCCUCCAGGAGAGGGGCAGCCGGGAUCAGCAUGGCACAGGGAGACGACCUGCAGGCUUUCACCUCCAUCAUGGACGCCCUGGUGCGGAUCAGUACCAGUAUGAAGAACAUGGAGCGUGAGCUCUUGUGCCCAGUGUGUAAGGAGAUGUACAAGCACCCUGUCAUCCUGCCGUGUAAGCACACUGUGUGCCAUGUGUGUGCCAGCGAAAUCCUCCUCCAGAGAGGGUAUGUCUGUGACCCCAACUCCGAGCCCAACUCACCCGCCUCCUCCCCGUCUACCCGCAGCCCCCGCCUGGGCAGGAGGGUGGUGCCAAAGCAGGAGCGGCUCAUAAAAUCAGGAUUUGGCACCUAUCCUGGUAGGAAACGCGGUCCUGCCCACCCGCAGAUGGUCCUCUUCCCAUGCCCGUCCUGCCAGCAUGACGUGGACCUCGGGGAGCGGGGUCUGGGCAACCUGUUCCGGAACCUGACCCUGGAGCGGGUGGUGGAGCGCUACCGGCAGACGGUCAACAUCAGCACGGCCAUCAUGUGCCAGUUCUGUAAACCCCCCCAGCAGGAGGCCAGCAAGGGCUGCACCGAGUGCCGGGCAAGCUUCUGCAAUGAGUGCUUCAAGCUCUACCACCCAUGGGGCACCCAGAAGGCCCAACACGAGCCCACGCCGCCGACCCUGAGCUUCAAACCUAAGGGUCUGACCUGCCCCGACCACAAGGAGGAGGUCCACCUGUACUGCAAGACCUGCCAGCGCCUGGUGUGCCAAAUCUGCAGAGUGCGCCGCACACACAGCGGCCACAAAAUCAUGCCAAUCAUCAGCGCCUACCAGGCCCUAAGGGAAAAGCUGAGUAAGAGUUUGGCCUACAUCCUGGGGAGUCAGCACACCGUCCAGGGACAGAUAAACGAAUUGGAGGAGAGUAUCAAACAGACUGAAAUGAAUGGAGGGAAGGCACAGGAAGAAGCCCUGCAGCUGAUCGCAGCGCUGCGCUCUGCACUGGACGAUAGGCAGGCCGCGCUCACCCGGGACAUAGCGGACCGCCAGCGUGAGCGGCGUUGUAUCCUGGAAGCCCAGGUGUGGGAGCGGCAAACCUUGCUGGAGAAUUCGGGGCUGGUAUGCUACACUCAGGAGGUGCUGAAGGAGACGGAACAGCCGUGCUUUGUCCUGGCGGCAAAACAGCUGCACGAGCGGAUCAUCCGAGCCAUCGACUCUAUUCAGACCUUCCGCUCGGCGGCGUGCGUCCCUCUGCCGCAAUUCAAGCUGGACGUCAGUAGAGAGCUGAAGUUUCUGACCGAGCUCAACUUUGUCAGAGCUCCAGAUGCUCCUGUCAUCGACACCCAGCGUACGUACGCCUAUGACCAGAUCUACCUGAGCUGGCGUCUCCCCCAGGACUCAGCCCCGGCCUGGCACUACACAGUGGAAUAUCGUAAAACAGACCCAAAACACAAGACCCUCAAGCUGUGGCAACGGCGGGAGGAGAUAUGGGGUCUGAGCACCAUCUUAGAAGGCCCCGACAUUGACAGCGUGUAUGUGCUCAGAGUACGAGGCUACAAUAAGGCCGGAUAUGGGGAAUACAGCGAAGACAUCUACCUGCACACUCCGCCUGCACAAGUGCUGAACUUCUUCCUGGACAGCAGCUGUGGCUUCCCACGGGACCGCCUGGUGGUCAGCAAGGACCGGCGAGCGGUGCGCAGCGUCCCAGGGGUCCCCAUGCUGUUCGCCGCCGAGCGCCUGAUGACCAGCUGUCACGUCUCCAUGGAGCUGGUGCUCGGGGAUGUCGCCAUCACUCAGGGCCGCUACUACUGGGAGUGCACGGUGGACCCCAGCUCCUACGUGGUGAAAGUGGGCGUUGGCCAGGAGAGCAAACUGCAGGAGUUGUUCCAGAUGCCGCAGGAUGUGGUGAGCCCAAGCCGCUAUGACCCGGACAGUGGACACGACUCGGGAGCAGAAGAUGCCGCAAUGGAUGUGUCUCCAUCCUUCUGUUUCCUGACCAUUGGCAUGGGCAAGAUUCUUCAGCCACACGGCUCUCCGCCCACCUCCCGGGACCCCACAGGGUGCACCAUGCCCCUCCCCCCACGUCUGGGCGUCUGCCUUGACUAUGAGAAAGGCCGCGUGGGCUUCUUUGACGCCGUGUCCCACCGUGGCCUGUGGGAGGGCAGUGUGGACUGUUCGGGCCCCGUGUGCCCAGCGUUCUGCUUUAUUGGCGGCGGGGCCCUUCAGCUGCAGGAACUGGUCUUCAUUAAACACGAGCGCAAGGUGACGAUAAGCGGCUUCAGCAAAGCGGAGUGACUCUAUAGACUCGCGUGGAGGGAGGCCAAGUCACUGAGUGCCCUCUGGGGGGGGCAACCUGCAGCCCUUUGUGCCCAUCAAACAUAGCGCGAGACAUGGCCGCCAGGGCGCCCGAGCGCCAACACACCGGGGUGCAUUCUGCGGUCUCGUGUUCAAGAUCGGAAGGAAGCUAAGACAGAUGGACUAGGAAGGGUUCAAUGUGCGACACAUUGCAUUAUGGGAAACCGUACAUUCAUCCUCCUGACUCUCCGGCCCUCCCGGGCCCGUGUCUUUAUUUAACUGUCCUUAUGUCUCCCUGGAUCUGGGCUGGACCCACUGUGACCCCCCCUGACCCCCAGUAACAGGGUUACGCCCCGCCCCCUUCCCAGUCUGAACGCAAACCUUCAUCGUCACCUAUUUGUAUGCACUUUUUAGUUGAGAUGAAACUUUUUUCUAGGGAAAAGUCUUCCCCUUUAUAUGUGUAUGUGACCGGCACAGGAUCAACAUGACACGCAUGCCCACACACUCACUCACACACACACACAUGCAUGCAUGCAGACCACUAGCCCCGCCUGUGGCACCCUCGGCCGCUCCUCAGCGUUAUGCAUGUUCCCGUGUAUGGAGGGAAUAAUGAAUCAUGCAUCUCUGCUUUCAUCCUUCAUGCCGACCACGGAGUCCACCGGUGGAGGAGCGUGCCAACAUUGCAUUGCUGGGCUGCCAGUAACUCCACCCCAGAGGGUACGAGGUGGCUGAGAUCUUUGGGGGCGGGGCUCCAUUCCAUUCAUCACAAAUUAUUCACACAAGUAAUAGGUAGUACGUUGCAGAUGGUGAUGGCUCUGUGUUGUAGAUGAACAGAUGAUAAUAAAGAUGAAUGUGGAGGA